UGUUAGGCUAGAUUGAAGAUUCACAGAAAAAUACUACUAUACAUAUAAAAAAAGUGGGCUACGAAACUUUGCGUACCAGAGUUCUCAUCUCCCUGCUCUUGUUCACGCGUAGAAGUUUAGAACUUCCAGCUUUAGGCACCAAUUAUCAUGCUAUGCUAAUCAACUCUCCGACUCCCAAGUCCUACGUUUCCCUAUACCACUUGCUGCUACACUGACCAAAACCAAGACUAGAACCAGAACAAGAACAAAAAACCACCUCCACCACCCUCACACUUCACCGGCAUGUCGGCCAACCAAUGUUUGCAGCAGCGGCCGCCUCCAGUAGUGCUCGUAUUUCUAAUGUUUUUGAGCCUGAUAUCUUUCUCCAAAUCAGAUGAGCUUCAGCCACUUCUCGAAUUCAAGUCUGCUCUCCAAAAGUCAAAUACCAAUGUUUUCAGUUCCUGGACACAAGGUAACUCCGCUUGCAACUUCACUGGAAUUCUAUGCAACUCCGAUGGGCUUGUCACGGAAAUCAAUCUCUCCCGACAAAAUUUACAUGGGAAUCUUCCAUUUGAUUCAAUAUGCUCGCUUCAGUCGUUAGAGAAACUCUCUCUCGGGUCCAAUUUCUUGUACGGUACCAUCACUCAUGACUUGAAAAAUUGCACUAGUUUGCAACAUUUGGACUUGGGUUACAAUUCAUUUUCUGGACAAGUUCCUGACUUGUCUUCUUUAGGCUUAUUGAAUUUCUUGAAUUUAACCAAAAACGGGUUUUCUGGGCCAUUUCCAUGGAGAUCACUGGAAAAUCUUACGAGUCUCGCUUUCUUAAGCCUGGGUGACAAUAUCUUUGAACCAAGUCCCUUUCCUGUGGAAGUCUUGAAGCUUGAGAAAUUGUACUGGCUUUACCUCUCAAACUGCAGCCUCGAAGGACUAAUUCCGAAGGGCCUAGGAAACCUUACUCAACUCAUAAAUAUUGAGCUUUCCUGGAACCAAUUGUCCGGCGAAAUCCCGACGGAUAUUCUAAAGCUCAAGAAUCUUUGGCAACUUGAACUUUACUAUAACUUAUUGACCGGAAAACUGCCGGUUGGAUUAGGAAAUCUUACGAGUCUUGUAAAUUUUGAUGUGGGUCAUAACAACCUCCAAGGCAAUAUUUCGGAGGUGAGAUUCUUGACAGGGCUUUCUGCUUUACAACUCUUUGAGAACCAGUUCACAGGGGAGGUUCCAAAAGAGCUUGGGGAGUUCAAGAAACUCGUGAAGUUGUCGCUCUACAGUAACAAGUUUACCGGUUCUCUUCCUCAAAAGCUCGGCUCGUGGUCAGACUUCUAUUACAUUGAUGUUUCGGAGAAUUUCUUGAGCGGUCCUAUACCGCCUAACAUGUGCCAGAAUGGUAAAAUGAUUAAACUGCUUGUGUUACAGAACAGUUUCACCGGUGGAAUCCCAGAAAACUAUGCGAAUUGCUCGUCUUUGAUUCGAAUACGGGUGGCAAACAAUUCUCUUUCGGGUGUUGUUCCGGCAGGGAUAUGGGGCUUGCCCAACUUAUCCAUACUUGAUGUUUCUAUGAACAGUUUCGAAGGUCCGGUGGCAUCCAAUAUUGAUAAAGCAAAAUCUCUUGCGCAAUUAUUUCUCUCAAACAAUCGCUUCUCUGGUGAAUUGCCUUUGGCGAUUUCCGAAACCUCGGCUUUAGUCUCAAUUCAGCUGAGUUCUAAUCAAUUUUCUGGUCAGAUCCCAGCAACAAUUGGUGGGUUGAAGAAUCUAAACAGUCUACAUCUAGAUGGAAACAAGUUUUCUGGCUCUAUACCAGAUUCGUUAGGCUCAUGUGUUUCCCUCACCGACAUAAACCUCUCUGGAAAUUCACUUUCAGGCAACAUUCCAGCAGGUCUUGGAUCUUUGCUUACUCUCAACUCCUUGAAUUUGUCCAAUAACAACCUUUCUGGUGAAAUUCCUACCAGUUUGUCUUCACCAAAACUAAGCCUUCUUGACCUGUCAAACAACCAGUUGAUCGGCCAAAUACCUGAGGCUCUGUCCAUCGAAGUCUUCAGUGACAGCUUCGAUGGAAAUCCAGGCUUAUGCAGUCCGAAUUUCAAGCAUUUAAGGCCAUGUUCAUCGGGUUCCAGAACAACGAGCCAUCAUCUCCGGACUCUGAUUUCCUGUUUUAUUGCCGGAGCUUUGAUUCUGCUUGUUUCGCUAACAUGUUUCCUAUAUGUUAAGCUAAGAUAUAAUAAUAUCCUUGAUCGUCCGUUGAAGUCGAAUUAUUGGGAUAUGAAGCCGUAUAGAGUAAUAGGCUUUGUAGAGAAUGAAAUCACUGAUGCCAUAAAAAAGGAAAAUCUGAUUGGGAAAGGAGGCUCAGGGAAUGUGUACAAGGUAGUAUUAUCUGAUGGUAAGGAACUUGCCGUAAAGCACAUUUGGAUGUCCGAUCCAGGUGACCAGAAAAAUUGCCAGAGCAGCUCAGCUAUGCUGAGAAAAAGGAUUUUCCGGUCAGCAGAGUAUGAAGCUGAGGUGGCCACAUUGAGCUCAUUGAGGCACGUGAACUUGGUGAAGCUCUACUGCAGCAUCACAAGUGAGGAUAGUAAUCUGUUGGUUUACGAGUACUUACCGAAUGGGAGCUUGUGGGAUAGGCUGCAUGCUUGCAGGAAGAUUGAGAUAGGAUGGAAGGUUAGGUAUGAGAUUGCAUUAGGGGCUGCUAGGGGAUUGGAGUAUCUGCACCAUGGGUAUGAUAGACCAGUGAUACACCGCGAUGUGAAAUCAAGUAACAUUUUGCUGGAUGGGGAUUGGAAGCCAAGGAUAGCUGAUUUUGGUUUAGCUAAGAUUGUGCAUCCUGGUGGGGGGGAUUGGACCCAUGUUGUUGCUGGGACACUCGGAUACAUUGCUCCUGAAUGUGCAUAUGCAUACAAGAUAAAUGAGAAGUGUGAUGUCUAUAGCUUUGGGGUAGUACUUAUGGAGCUGGUCACGGGGAAGAGGCCGAUUGAGCAAGAAUUUGGAGAGAGCAGGGACAUAGUCUGUUGGGUAUACAGCCAAAUGAAUAGCAAAGAGAGUCUUCUUUACUUACUGGACUCAACCAUCUCUGAGGAUCUAAAGGAAGAUGCAAUAAAGGUGUUGAGAAUCGCAAUCCAUUGCACGGCAAGACUUCCAAGCCUAAGACCCUCCAUGAGAAUGGUAGUUCAGAUGCUAGAAGAGGCUGAGCCAUAUAAGCCUACCAACAUCAUUGUCAACAAAGAAUGCCAAGAUAGUUCAGAUGAGAGAUGGAAGAAUAUAAGCAGGACCCGAGCCCUUGAACUUGAAAGUUAAACUUACUCAGAAAUUGAUAAUCCCUGCUCAAUGAACAAUGAAGCUAGUUCAGAAAGCCGGGAUUUGGAGCAGUGCUAUCAAUUUUGAGUUCAGCUUCGUCAGAGUGCAGAUGGAUUAAUGAGAGCUUAAACUAGGUAAGAAAGUCCGAACAAGAAGUUAAGAAAGGGAUUGUAUUUAUUUUUAUUAUCUCUGCUCUCGUAAGAGAGAGGAAGGCUUUUACAUUGUAUAUACAUGCAAUAAUCAGCCUCACAUGAUCAAGCAAAUUAUAUCAUCAAGGUGUUUUCUGCUUGGUUUGGAGAGAAAUGAGAGAAGAAUUUUAUGAAUAA